CGCGGCGCCAUAUUGUGAAAAACGGAAGUGUGUGUGUGUGUGUGUAUGAGUGGAACGGGCGGAGGAGGAGCGCGGAGGCGCGAGAGCGAAACCGAGACUCCUUCCUCCCCCCCCCCCUUUCUUUGUUUUUUUUUUUUUUUUUUUGGGAGAACAUUCGUAUCUCCUCCUGUGCGAAGGGGGUUUCCUUCCCACCCGCUCGCGUUUUUCCCUCUGCUUUUGCACCACUUUCGGAAACGGCUCAUAUCUCAGUCGCAGGACUCAGGAGUGUGACGUUAGUAACUGAAGGAGAAGUUCAAGUAGUUGUAGGCAAGAUGCCGCUGCCACAGCUGGCGGACCCCUGGCGGAAGAUGACCCUGGAGGAGCAGCUCAAGCAGGAUGCCCCCCACGCUGUGGACGAUUCCGUCGAUGAUGAUGACGACGACAACGAUGGAUUGUGUGACGAUGAAGGCUCCGUGAAGGAGAUCAACAUCACACAGCACGUGAAGGAGGGAUCUGAGAAAGCUGACCCACAGCAGUUUGAGCUUCGCAAGGUCUUGGGCCAGGGUUCCUUUGGAAAGGUCUUCCUGGUGAAGAAGAUUACAGGACCUGAUGCUGGCCAGCUCUAUGCCAUGAAGGUUCUAAAGAAAGCCACAUUGAAAGUAAGAGAUCGAGUUCGGACCAAGAUGGAGAGAGACAUCUUGGUAGAGGUGAACCACCCCUUCAUAGUAAAGCUGCACUAUGCGUUCCAGACAGAGGGGAAACUUUACCUCAUCUUGGACUUCCUGCGAGGAGGAGACCUCUUCACCCGUCUUUCUAAAGAGGUGAUGUUCACUGAGGAAGAUGUCAAGUUCUACUUGGCUGAGCUCGCUCUGGCCCUGGACCACUUGCACAGCCUGGGCAUCAUCUAUAGAGACCUGAAGCCUGAGAACAUCCUCCUGGAUGAAGAUGGGCAUAUCAAGUUGACAGACUUUGGCCUAAGCAAGGAAUCAAUAGAUCAUGAGAACAAGGCCUACUCCUUCUGUGGGACAGUGGAGUACAUGGCCCCAGAGGUGGUGAACCGCAGAGGACACACCCACAGUGCAGACUGGUGGUCUUACGGUGUGCUGAUGUAUGAGAUGCUGACUGGGACACUGCCUUUCCAGGGAAAGGACCGCAAGGAAACCAUGACCAUGAUCCUCAAAGCCAAGCUGGGAAUGCCUCAGUUCUUGAGCCUUGAAGCGCAGAGCCUUCUGCGAAACCUGUUCAAGCGAAACCCAGCCAACAGACUAGGGGCCGGCCCAGAUGGAGUUGAGGAGAUCAAGAGGCACCAGUUCUUCUCGAGUAUAGACUGGAAUAAAUUAUUCAGGAGAGAAAUUCACCCUCCAUUCAAACCUGCAACUGCCAGGCCAGAUGACACCUUCUACUUUGACCCAGAGUUCACAGCAAAAACCCCCAAAGACUCACCGGGUGUGCCCCCAAGCGCUAAUGCCCACCAGCUCUUCAGAGGCUUCAGCUUUGUAGCAAACAGCUCUGAAGAGGAGGGUGAACCACUGUCCAGUGUGGGCGUGUACUCCGUUGUCCAGCGGCUUCACAGGAGCACUGUGCAGUUCAGUGAUGUUUAUGAUGUGAAAGAGGACAUUGGCGUUGGCUCCUACUCCAUCUGCAAACGCUGCAUCAACAAGAGCUCCAACAUGGAGUAUGCUGUCAAGAUCAUCAACAAGGCCAAAAGGGACCCAACAGAUGAGGUGGAAAUCCUGUUGCGAUAUGGGCAGCACCCUAACAUCAUUACACUCAAGGAUGUGUAUGAUGAUGGACGCUCUGUGUACUUGGUGACGGAACUGAUGAAAGGAGGGGAGUUGCUCGACAAGAUUCUCCGACAGAAGUUCUUCUCUGAGAGGGAGGCCAGUGCUGUCCUUCACACUAUCACAAAGACUGUAGAAUACCUACACGCACAAGGGGUGGUCCACAGGGACCUGAAACCCAGUAACAUCCUGUAUGUUGAUGAGUCUGGGAACCCCGAGUCCAUCCGUAUUUGUGACUUUGGCUUUGCCAAGCAGCUGCGUGCAGAAAACGGGCUGCUCAUGACUCCCUGCUACACGGCUAACUUUGUCGCACCAGAGGUUUUGAAGAAGCAGGGCUAUGAUGCAGCCUGUGACAUCUGGAGCCUGGGAGUGCUGCUGUACACCAUGUUAACAGGAUUCACACCUUUUGCCAACGGGCCAGAUGACACCCCAGAAGAAAUUCUAGCUCGGGUCGGAAGUGGGAAAUUCUCCUUGACUGGCGGGUACUGGAACUCCGUCUCACCUGAAGCGAAGGAUCUGGUGUGGAAGAUGCUGCAUGUUGAUCCCCACCAGAGGCUCUCAGCCGCACAGGUCCUCCAGCACCCUUGGAUUGUCCUCAAGGACCAGCUACCGAAGCACCAGCUCAAUAGACAAGAUGCCCCACAUCUGGUGAAGGGGGCGAUGGCUGCCACCUAUUCAGCUCUAAACAGGAAUGUGACACCAGUGCUGGAACCUGUGGGCUGUUCCAUUCUCGCACAGCGUAGGGGCAUGAAGAAAUUGACCUCUACUGCGUUGUGACCACGGACCUCAACUACAUAAUUCAGCCAAGAUGGAUGUGCCACUGGUGAUGAGCCAUUCUCUCUAGGCCUUGUCCAUAGCCAGAUUUUGGCUUCUGGCUAUGGUAACUGGGACCUGAACUCCAGACAGCAUGGAGGCUUGGCAUUGUAGGUUAUUUACAUAACCUGUGACCAAGGAGAUGAGAAGUCUUUGCUUUUACAGUUAUUUCUGCCUCCAAAACAAUUGUUUCCCAAGAAAGUACUGUAUAUAUUUUUCUUCUUUUGAAUAAUUAGAUAUUUACAUGUAACUAUGGGAGCACAGAAACUAUGUAAAUGGUUUCUGUAGGUCAAUAUUUGAGCUUUUUACUCAUUUAAGUUUAUUUUAGACAAGAAUAACUGUGGAAAUGGUGCCACUAGUAUGGCCUCUGAGAAACUAUAUGGUGGUACCGGGUUGACGUCGGACGACGAUCCCCAUCCCUUCUCUCAGCAAUUGACGGUGGUUAGUGUGCCCUCUGACCAUCAGCGUCCAUACGUUCUGCAUCCAUUCUCUCUAAGGGUAUUGUAUGACUGCAUGUCGUUCCGAAAAGUUCCAAUUUCAGAACCAGGCACAGACAGUGUGUUGAUACUCUGAAAGAGGACAGGAUUACUAUACUCAUACACCUGGUUCCGUGACAUUUAAGAAUGUGUGUGAGAUCCUUGUGUCUAUAUUUCUCUGAGUGGGCCCUCUUCUAUGUAGCCCUAUAGUGAUUGGAAAGGCCACUCCUCUUUCCCUUUUCCAUUAACCUUUAAAUUGAUGCCUUUGUCUAAGGCUUGUAUGAUUUACCGAUUUAUACAGCACAGUAUUACUGGAGCAAUUCACGGCUACUCCAGUUAGAGCAGGAUUUAAACCAGGCAUCUUCAGAUUCCAAGGCAGCUGCCCUACUCGCUGUUCGCGGCACCAGUCAUUUUCAUUGCAGUCGCUGAGUUUCCCCAGUUUAUUCAAACUGCGUCUCAGAACAAAAUCACUUGGGCUGCAAAAUGAAGCACAACGGCUACAAAUAAAGGUAGAAAUUAUUUCAUAGCACCAAGCUGCUCGCUGCUCAACACCUUCUGGUCUUUAUAUUUUCAGACGGGCACCAUCCCUUCCUGUGUACCAGCUAAGUGUCCAGUCCCGCAUUAUUGCAUUAUGUCUGGAACUUCCUGCUGUUGAGGUGUUGAAAUGUCUAACUGAAUCUUCUAGAAGAUUACCCUUGCAUUCUUAAAGCACAGGAAGCGGUGGCCUUUCUGCCUUUACCAGGGCCACUGUGCAGUUCGCUGAAUGUCUGUCUUUCCUGCUCUUCCUCCUGUCUCCUCAUGGAUCAAUUAAAUAUGCUGCAGUACUGUAAAUGUUGUUUGAAAACUCAGGUUUAUGUAGACAAAUAUAGUGCUUUGAGCGCAUUAAUAUAAAGUAAAUCAUGAACAUGUGUGGCUUAUUUUGAUGUAGAAUAUCUAAGGCUGGAAAACUGUUAGUGUGGUUACUUGUACUCGAAUUAUCUGUAGAGCAGCAUGAUUCCAGGAUGAAUCUUGGUCACACUCCAUGCUCACACAUGUAGAGGCAGCUGUCCAAAAAGACAGCGCACAAGUAAUUUGGACAGUCUUGAAUCCGUUACUGAAAUCCAUCUGUUUACAGGUGUGUGUGUGUGUGUGUUUGUGUGUUGUGCGCACAGUAAACAAAUGACUGAUAAAAUGACAUGUUCAUAGGUAUGACUUUCUGCAGUCAAUACUCAAGAUUCUUGUACAAGAAGUAGAGUUUUUUUUUUUUGUUUGUUUUUUCAGUACAAAAGAGAAAGUAUAUAUGCAAACACUAAU